AUGUAUUAUUUAUGCUUUAAUUGAAAAAAAGAAAGUGUUGUGUCUUUUUUAUGUGAAACACAUUGCUCUAUUGGGGUGUGUGUGUGUGUGUUUGAGAGAAAUACAUGUUUAGUGUAGUGCUGGAGGAGGUUUGCUCCUCCCUCCUGGAGAGAUGCGCCAUAAAGCCUUCUACUCUGUCUUAUUACAACACCACCUUCUGCCAGGAGACUCUCAACUUGAUUGUUGUGAUUCAUCCCAGUUCCAGGCAGCUUCUUUAAAAAAAUAUAAGAAACAAAUAAUGGUGAUAUAAAACCUGUGUUGCUUUGUGAAAGUAUGGCUUUGUUACUCAUAAACAUCAGCAACAUCAGUGCGGACGGUACACUGUCCGAGGAUGAGCCUCGGGAUGAGCACUUGGCUCAGGUGGAAAUAGUUCUCCUGUCCAUCAUCUUCAUCACUGCGGCGAUCCUGAACUUCGGACUCUUGUCGGUGCUGUGGAAGCGGAGGAAGCAGCUCUCCAGGAUGCGCGUCUUCGUUUUCCACCUGUGCGUCGCAGACCUGGUGGUCACAUUCUUCCAGAUUUGUCCGCAGCUCAUAUGGGACAUCACGGACAGAUUCGUCGGUCCAGAUGUGUUAUGUCGCGCAGUGAAGUACCUGCAGGUGGUCGGGAUGUUUGCGUCCACUUACAUGAUCGUGGUGAUGACUAUAGAUCGCUACCAAGCCAUCUGCAAACCGAUGGUGACUUUCCAAAAGCGCAGGGCGCGCUGGAACGGUCCGGUGUGCGCCGCCUGGUGCGUCUCUCUCAUCGGCAGCCUCCCACAGAUUUUCAUCUUCUCUCGGGUCGAGGUGGCUCCGGGUGUGUACGACUGCUGGGCGCAGUUCAUCAAGCCGUGGGGACUGAGAGCCUACGUGACCUGGACGACACUGGUGAUAUUUGUGCUGCCCGUUCUCACGGUGGUCGCGUGCCAGGUGCGCAUCUGCCGCACCGUUCACCUAAACUUCCACACGAAGACGCACAACGGCGGCGAGGCGCACAGCAAGCCGCUAUCUACGCGGGCCAGCAGCGUGGCAGGAGUGUCCAAGGCCAGAGCGAAAACCGUGAAGAUGACCGUGGUCAUUGUCCUCGCGUACAUCAUCUGCUGGGCGCCUUUCUUCACUGUGCAGCUCUGGUCUGUCUGGGACCUCGAGGCGCCAACUCAGACUGCAACCUUCACCAUCCUGAUGCUGUUGGCCAGCCUGAACAGCUGUGCCAACCCCUGUAUUUACCUGCUGUUCAGUGGGAAGCUGCCCAAGAGACUGGUGGCCCUAAUGUGCAUGAGUGAGCCUGAGCUGAAGGAUUCCAUUCAGGAGGAGACCACCAUGGUCAGCUCCCUCUACAUCAGCCUCAAAAGCCUCUCAGUCAGCAGAUAAAAAAAGCACCAAUGCCUCCACAUGCAUGUAGGUGAGACAAAGUCUUAUUGACAUCAGUGUGAGGACAAACAUCUGAGUGGUCCCACAUAUGCAUGUGGCUGCAGUUUAUAGUUGA